CAGGCACCAUCCAAAGAUCCACGUACACCACAACACCUCUCACGAAGCCAUGAACGGCGCCAUGGCGAGCGCCGCCUGCGGUAGCUCCACGAGCCCCCUCCUCCCGGCGGUGGCUCCCGCCGCCUCGGCCAAGUCCUCUGCAUGCCCCUCCAAGAAGACCACCGCCACCUUCCCCCGCCGCACCGUGUGGUGCCGGGCCGCCGGCGGGCGCGACGACGACGGCCUCCUCUGGCUCCCCCGCCGGGACAUGCUCAGCACCCUGGGCGGCGUCGCCGCCGGUCUCGUCGGGUACCCGGGCCUCGCGUCCGGCGCCGCCGUGGAGGCGAACCCCGUGGAGAGCUGCCGCAAGGGCGACAAGGUGAACGAGAACCUGGUGAAGUGCACGGACCCCAACCGGGAGUUCCCGUGCCCGCCGCCGUCGCCCGCCAAGGCCGUCGACUUCACGCCGGAGAGCACGGUGAAGCGCGUCCGGCAGCCGGCGCACCUCCUGAGCCCGGAGAACCAGGAGAAGUACAAGGAGGCCAUCGCCAAGAUGAAGGCGCUGCCGGCGGCGCACCCGCUGAGCUUCGCGGCGCAGGCGGCGAUCCACGAGUCCUACUGCGACGGCCACUACCGCUACGACCCGGCGGAGAAGAACCGGCCCUUCGACGUGCACUUCUCCUGGAUCUUCGCGCCGUGGCACCGCAUGUACAUCCACUUCUACGAGAAGGCCCUCGGGCAGCUCAUCGGCGACGACACCUUCGCGCUGCCCUACUGGAACUGGGACGCGCCGGCCGGCAUGGUGGUGCCGCCGCUCUUCCGGGACCCCUUCGGCAACCCGCUCUACAACAAAAACCGCGAGCAGUCGCGCCUCGACAAGCUCGUCGACCUCGACUUCCUCAACGCCCCCACCGACGCCCCGCUCAUCCCUUUCGACGGCCCCAAAGACGACAAGUACGAGGCACUUGUUAACAAGAACCUCUGCACCAUGUACCAGCAGCAAAUUCGGGGCGGCAAGGGCGCGCGGGCGUUCCUGGGCGAGAAGCUGUGCAGCGACGCGGACGCCCGGCUGAAGGAGAUCAACGCGCGUUCGAAGAAGAGAGGCGGGCAGAAGGUGAAGAGGGACAAGACCAAGAGCCAGGGCUCGCUGGAGCGGAUGGCGCACACGGCCCUGCACGUCUGGGUCGGGCGCUCCGGCCCGCCGGAGGGGACGACCUGCUCCGCCGACACCGGCGGCGUGCUGGGGCACAACGGCGCCUACACCUGCAACAACGACAUGGGCUUCCUGGGCUCGGCAGGCCGGGACCCGCUCUUCUACUCGCACCACUCCAACGUCGACCGCAUGUGGCACAUCUGGUCCACCAAGCUCGGCGGCGAGGGCUUCAAGGACCCGGAGUGGCUCGACGCCAGCUUCGUCUUCUACGACGGCGUCGAGAACCCGCGGCCGGUGCGGAUCAAGUUCCGCGACGUGCUCGACACGCGCAACCUCGGGUACACGUACGACGCCGAGUCGGAGAAGGAGCUGCCGUGGGUGGCCAGCAAGAUCAACCCGCUAGUGCCGCGCGGCAAGGGGGCGCCGCGGGCGGCGGCGCCGGCGAAGGCGCUGGCGUACCCGCUGACGCUGGCCGCUGGCGAGGUCGUGGAGGUGGCCGGCGUGGCGGUGCCGGCGAAGCAGGCGGGGCAGCAGCGGGUGCUGGUGAUCCAGGGGAUCGAGUACGACCCCAACGUGGAGAACAAGUUCGACGUGGCCAUCGGCGUGCCCGGGGACCAGGCCAGCAAGGUGGGGCCCGACCACACCGAGUACGCCGGCAGCUUCGCCGUCGUGCCGAGCUCCAAGGCCGGCGGCGGCACGCUGGAGGGGAGGAUCACGCUCUUCGUCGACGACGUGCUGGACGACGUCAUGGGCGACCGCGACACCACCGUCGACGUCGUGCUCGUGCCGCGCACGGACGAGGAGAUCAAGCUCCACCUUCCCCCGACGAUCGAGAACCAGAGCCAGAACUAGUACGUAGUACUGGUCGCUCGUCGUCCAAUAAUGCAUCGUGCACAGUGGCGAUGCAUGGUGUCUCCGGAUGCGUGCAGCUAAGAAUAAAAACGUCGUGUCGUGUCGUGUGCUCGUAUCGUACGUGUAAUAAGAGAAUAAUUCCUUUGUUUUUGCUCUAGUCUCAAAUAAAGGGAUGUGCCAUCCUAUCGUUUGUGUAGUCGACGAAGGACAGCAGUGUGGGUGAGGUCCAUGUUCAAUGAUCGGAUUGUACGUUUCUGUAUCAUCUUCUUCAACCUCCGGAUGGAGCUUUGUGUCUA